AGGCGAACGGUACAGAAAGGCUGUAGCGAAGAAUAUGAAGAAAGUGGCUGCCAACAGAGCGCAUUCGGAUCCAAAUGGACAUCGCGUUGUGUAUGCGAUCGGAGCAUGUGCAAUGGCGACUCGGCACUCAUAGCUGCUGGCCUGGAGCCCUCAUCCGGUACCAUUACCGCAACUCCGAUACCCGGCGCCCAAUUGGCACUCCUCUCGUUCGUUUAUGAACUCAAUGAUAACUUUAGCGACUGUGAUAAAUUCAACGAUGAUAAACUUGACUAUGCCCUAUAA